ACACUCGGCUGACUGAUGAUUUGAGUAAAUUUUCGUGCCACACUUUCAGUUGCAAUGAAAUUGAUUUUUUUUUAAUUUUCUUGCUUGAUUCGCCAACCUGCUGCUUGUCCUUGUUGUUGUCGUCCUCGUCGUCGUCGUCUCAUCGCCACGCCACGAUCUACCCCUUACAAAGACCGUCAAUAUCAUCAUUGCUAGCAUCAUCAUCGUCACCGAGAAAGAGCGGUGCGGACUCGUAACAGGUAAUGUAUCGAUUGUUAGCAGAAAAAUGCUACGCAUAACUGACUACCACGAUUUGCUGUGUCUAAUGCUUAGCCCACUGUUUGUCCUCUCCACGAAAUAUACACACUGACAGCCAUUCUUAUGCAGUCGCGCAGACAAUCACAUACUCGGAUACGCUCACGGACGGACAUAAUGUUCACACGGAGUACCGGCAACAGCCUGCAGUAUUCGCUGUUGACGACGCGCGGAUACACGAACGGACGGACGGACCAACAGACAACCAGCCAAACAUCGCCGUGGCCCUUCUCCAGCAGCAGCAGUAACGGCAGCAGGCAGCUCUAGAGCGCUAUGUUGUAACCCUCCUUGCUCGAAGCAACUGGGUGUCAGGAUGAGCGAGUGCAGCUCCAGCAGCGACAUCGGCUGCCAUAACAACAACGGCAGUGGCGGCCUGUUGUCGUCGUCAGAGCUGUAACUCCUCCUACGCCGCCGCAUUCGAGUUGAAACAGAUGGAGUGCGCUGACGUCUAGCAGCGCGAACAAGAGAGCGCUACGUCAGUCGCCAUUGAGACCCAGUCGCCGGGGGUCAACACUCGUUCAAUGCCCGGGGACACAUUGGCCCACUCAACGUUGUCUACAACAGCAACAGUCAUAGAAGAACAACCAUAGAAGAAGUGUCGACAAACAUUCGUUAUUACUUGGCCUCACAACAGCGACGUAGUUUCGAGAUUUACGUCCGCCGCUGCGGUUAGACAUUGCUUAAGAAGCAACAAAGUAGUUGUUGCUAGCCGACCCAGUUCUACGAUAUCGCAACCCGUCCUCAAUGUCGAACUAGCGUGUGGCCUGACGUCCUUGCAAAUGCUGCGUAUAUGCACAUAUGAAAUAUAGACAAGACAAAUCUCCUUAGUUUAAAAAAGAGCGCUUCCCAACGGGAACUACUCAGCUAACUUCGUUUGCUUUACAGCGUUGGUGGUUCUAAUUCGUGUUUUUGAUCUGUGGCAAUUCGCACAAACUUAUACAUACUGAGGCAUUACAAGGAAAUGAUACUGAAAAUUUUUUUAAUUAAGACUGCCAUUGACGUUUCACUAGUCUGGAGCCACUGAUAUAUUUGAAGAAGCUAACAGUAAAAAGAAAGACUAACUAAAAUCAAGCAAUUAUUAGCGCUCCAGAUAGAGAGUCAUCGAUUGCUACCGCGUUCGUAGUGGUGCUACAGAGUGGAUCAUCUUAACGAGUAAUAGGCGCGAAAAUCGUGUGUGCGAAAUAAAGAUGUCGUCAGCAAAAACGAUUUCAAUCCGUCGUGUAACAAAUCCAAGCCAAUUGCCGGCUAAUUACUCACAAACACCGGGAGGGACACUAUUUGGUACGACUCCGGGAGGUACCCGUGUCGUAUAUGAGCGUGCUUUUCUAUUAUCCCUUCAGCAGUCCCCGCUGUCACGAACCCCACCAACGCUGCCGAUGAUACCAGGAUUUACAUUGCCAAAGGGGAGUCCACACUCGGUGUCACCGAAAAAGACAUCAUGUAGUCCUUCACCUCGGGCGGCCACUACGGUGUCAAGUAAAGCUGCUGUUUCGGAGGACGAACAGUUUGCCAUGGAUAUAUGAUCCACUACGCCUAUCCCGUACAGGCCCACCAUAAACAUGUGCAUGCUGUCGUGCUGAAAAUCGAUUGAUUUUCGAGAAAAAUAAAAGAAAA